CGCAGAUCAGUCUCUCUGUGGACAGCACUGCGCGCCGCUGCGUCUUAAAACUGAGCUCAAGCACGCGUGAGACUCCAACCUGACAGCCCUGUUGCUGUGAACCUCGAGAAAACCGCGCGCGGUGCCGCAGCGGGGAAUCUAGAGAGCAGAAACGCGGGGUCACUGGUCCACCGACGCCGCGGCGGCCCCCGCGGCCUCACACAUCGUCUCCGAGAAUCCAAACCAGCGCUGGCCACCACAAGACGCGCGAGAGCAGUAACGCGGGUCCCGGAUCCCACGCCGCCGACGCGAUCCCGCGGCCCUCACACAACCAGCGCAGGUCACCGAGUCACACCCAAUAAACGAUGGGCCGCGGCGAGACCAUCGCCCGCUGCCUCGAGUCCUGCGCCGUCGACGCGGCGACGGCCUUCGCGUCCUGCGGCGACCUGGCCGAGGAGUUUAAAGUGAUAAGAAGGGCCUACCACCGCAAGGUACUCGCGACGCACCCGGACAAGGGCGGCGACGCGCAAGAAUUUAGAGACGUCCAGUCGGCCUUCGAGGUGCUCCGCGAGUUUUACGACAGAGGUCGCGUCAUCACCUUCCGUUCGGAGGAGAACAACCAGACGUCUACCUCUGAUGUAUUCCAGAAUGCGGCGGACUACUUCGCGGCCAAGGAAGCUCGAGGUGACACGCAGUCCUACGACUACUACGCCGAAGCGGCGGAAGAAGAUGUCCCUACUUAUAGGGUCGAGCCGGCCAAGAGUGAUAGAAGCACGUGCACGGCGAAGCACAAGGCCUCUUGCGGCGAGCAGAAAAUCCCCAAGGGCGCGCUGCGCGUCGGCCAGAUCAACCUCGAGGCCGGGAGCUAUACGCGCUGGGUCCGCCUCGGUUGCUGGCGCAUCCCGGCGAAGAUCUGGGAAGGUUUACCUGAUCCUGCUUUAGGGAGGGAGUGCGUCGAGGACGCGUUGCGGCGCAUGAACCGCGUGCUCCUGUGCGGCAUGGAGGAGCUGUCCGAAUCCGAUUUGACGGAGUUCGUGGCCUACUGCAUGGACAAGUCCCACUGGGCCCGCAAGCAGACGCGCAAGCCGAAGCCGGUGGACCCCUUUGCUGCUAAAUAUGCGCCGCCGCCCCCUCCGAAAGUCGAGGCGGCGCCGUCCACAGCCUUGGCGCUGCCGGACGCGCCCGGCGCCGGGCCGAUCGCGCCCAAGCGCCCGGGCGGCGCCUUCGUGAUCCCGAAGCCUGGUAUUAGUGGCGUGGAGGGCUGCAUGGCCGGCCUGACCUGCGUGUCCACGGGCAUCUUUCCUGAAGUGGGAGGCGGUUCGGGAUUAAAUCUAGGCAAGGACCGUGUGAAAGCUAUGGUCCAAGCGUUCGGCGGCCGCGUUACUGGUAGUGUGAGCGGCAAGACCAACAUAUUAAUAGUGGGCAAGCAGCCGGGCAUGUCCAAAGUCAGCAAAGCUCGCGCGAACCCGAAGAUUACAUUGAUGUCGAUCCAUGACUUGAAGACGGGCAUCGAAAAUGGUGAUGUCUUAGCAGCCUCGCAGCCGGUCCAGAUCACGGAGUUCUCGUCUGGUUUUAGGGGCAACGGCCUGGCUUUACUCGCCUCGGAGGAGGAAUUGAGAGAGGCCUCGGGCAUGGACCAGGCUCCCUCCGUGCCGGCUCUGCCGGACGCGCCCGGCGCCGGCGGGUCGCAAGAAUUGGCCUUCCCCGCGCCGGCCUCCAUCGCUAGUCUCCAGACGAACGCUAUUUGUGCCCCUCGCCCCAGAAACACGGCCGUCGUGCACGGCGAUUAUGAUGAAAUUGAAGAACAGUGUGCGAAAGCAGCCGGCGGCUCGCCGGCGGAAGUCGUCGCCUGGGCGGCCUACGGGAGGUUGCGCGUGCCCGAGUUGGGGGAAGUGCUUGCCAUGAACGGCCAAACCAAAGCGGGCAACAAGGCCUUCGUGCAGCGGAAGGUCAUCGAUGGGGCGGCGCGCGGCGCGCCGGCCAUUUGUGAUUUAUGUGGGAAGGGCAAGCCCAAGCCCGUCGAAGAUGAAUUGGGCAAGUGGUUCUGCAACGGUUAUUAUGACGAGCGGUCCUUAUCUUAUGUUCGGUGCCCCCAGACCUGGACGGACGCGACGCUCCCGAGAAAGCAGUGGAUCGACACGGCGCGCGGGUUUGGCGGCCGGGCGAACCCGCCCUCCGUUCCCUUGCCGUCGUCCUUCACGCAGGAGGCCGUCGACGCCUUCCACGCGCAAGCUAGAGAGCGGCCGACGCCGGCGCCCCUCGACGAGGAGAUGGAGGAGGCGAAGCCCAAGCCUAAGAAGACGAAAAGAGCUACGCCGAAAGCGAAGCGGCCGGCGACGCCCGAGCCCGAGCCGACGCCCGAGGUGCCCCCGCCCGAAGAGGAGGAGGAGCCCGCCGACGAGGAGAUGGAGGAGGCGCCGCCGCCGCCGAAGCGCGCGGCGCGCGGCAAGAAGGGCAAGAAGCCCGUGCGUCGCGGCGUCCCAGGGAUUUUCGUUGACUCCUCACUUGACUCCUCGAUUGCGAGGAGACACUCCAUCGCCGCGGCGUCGUCUCGAUGCCUGAUCCGCGCAGGCGGCGAACUCAGCCAAGAAGCCGGCCGCGAAGAAGCCGGCCGCGAAGAAAGCCAAGAAGGCCAAGAAGGAGGUGCUCGCCAUCGAGGCGGCGCCCGCGCCCGAGGGCGUGCGCCGCUCCACGCGCGUGCGCAAGGCCGUGAAGCGCUGAGCUGUGAUGACUCUUCCCUCUUCCCCUGGCGAGCCGACGAAGCGGCGCGCCCACCUCUCCCCCUCCUGUGAUAACCUGAGAAAUAUAUA